AAUUCUCUCUAAUCAAGGCGAAGUUAGGAAGGGCAUAAAUGUGCCCCCAUCCUGGCUCUAUGGGCAUCUGGGUUUGUCUGUUCGUCCGAUAGUCGGUCCCUGUCCAUCUCCACGUCUGAGAUCCGGGUUUAUUUGGGGGUAACGUUCCCCAAACACAAACACUCAUGAGUGCCCACCUGGCAAUGCCCGCCUACCAGGCUUACCCCGCCGGGGUAGGAACUGGAAUCAAGUAUGGAGACUACUACUGGAACUGCCCGGGCGAGAUGGACAGUGCCCCCCACAAAGAGGCAGCAGACGCUGAUGUGGCGGUGCCGGAGCCCGAGGAGAAGCCCCUCCCUAACCCAGAGCUCUCGCCCGCUUCCUCCAGCUCGGGCACGCUCCUGCGCUACACCCCGGAUUCGGCCACCAGCCCCAACGCCGCGCCCCCAUCCCCACACCCUGCGAUCCGCAUGGGCGGCGGGGGGAGCGGAGGAGGGGUGAAGAAAGCCAAGACCCGCACGGCCUUCUCUCAGGAGCAGCUGCAAACCCUGCACCAGCGGUUCCAGAGCCAGAAAUACCUCAGCCCCCAGCAGAUCCGCGAGCUGGGCUCAGCCCUGGGGUUGACUUACAAGCAGGUAAAGACAUGGUUUCAAAACCAACGGAUGAAGUUUAAACGAUGCCAGAAGGAAACACAGUGGAUGGAAAAAGGGACAUGCCUAUCCCAAAGUGGCUUUCAUCAGGCAGGUUACCUGGACAUGAACCCCAGUUACCACCAGGGUUGUCCUGUUAGUGCCAGCAGGAACAUCCAGACUGUGACCAAUGUGCAUCAGAGCUAUAGUAGCAGUAACACCUAUGGGAGUGGCCAGAGCCUGUAUCCCUUCAUGGCUAUUGAGGAGGAGGGGUUCUUUGGGAAACCCGGGGGGGCCUGCAGUGCCCAACAGACAAUGGGCUUCUUCAGCCAGCAAAAGGUGAACUUAUAUCAUGGCUACCCAGCAAACAUGGAUUAUGCCAGCAGGGAGACAGAAGAUGGCUACCACUUCCAGAAUGCCUCUGUCAAUGCGAUGUCCUUCCCAGGCUCUGCGGGGCGCCAGCAGUACCAGCCAGCAUGGUACCCUCAAGGGACACAAAGCAACUUUAACUCUUAGACCUGUACUUUCCUUUUUCCUUCCCUCUCCCACUGUUUCUGCCAUUCCUCUUCUCCAGCCUCAGUUCUUUCGGGCCCUGGUCCUCAGACAUGGAAUCCCCAGGCUCCCACUGACUCCAUUGGAAGGGACUUGGCACGUUGCAGAGUGCAGGAGUGUCUCUCUCCCUUCUCUUCUUUAACAGGCACCUGUCUGUGUGUAACUCAGGAAGUGUGCUGCAUGGCUCUGAAGUUGGCUUUCUUCAUAUUGACCCUGGCUGGCUCCAGGAACAGGCCCUGUAUGUGUAUGGAAAGCCAUGUUAAUGCAGGGAAGUGUAAAUGUUUCGAGAUGAGAGUAUACCUGUGAGUCCUUUCCAUACCCCAGUGUCCUUACUACUGCAGUAUCCCCUCUGUAGAUCAUUUCCAGGCCUUGUUUGAAAUGUGCCCAGGCAUGGAGUUUUCCUUGAGGAAAGCCUCUUCUUCCCAUCACCACAUCCCUUUCUGAUUAAAAAAAUGUAUCCUGAUUAUACAACCUGAAAUGUUCCCUCUUCGUUUCUUUCUCCUAUUAGCCACCAGCCAACCUUGGUAACAUAUUAACAGGGGAUAGCCCUGCCCUGACCAUCAACUAGUCUUAAAAAUCCCACAUUUCAAUUAUCAUAAAUAACUGUAGUCACUUCUCUUUUAGAGCCUGUAUAUUUGCCAAACACUGGAAUCUGUAUUUUGGGCCCAGUCCUCAGUUGAUGCAAAUCAGCUUUGACAUCACCAUUUGCACCAGCUAAGCAUCUGGACCAGCAUGGGGGUGAAUGGAGCUCAGGUUUGAAUUUCAAUUCAUUGUGUAAUUAGGAGAAAGAGAGAAGGGAGGGAAUGAAAGGGAGACUGAGAAAGAGGAACAAAGGAGGCAGACAGGGAGGGAUGGAAGAAGGAAGAAAGAUGGAGAAUGUACUGAGUAAGGAAAUGCAGAGGAUUAAAUUUAUAUCCUCAUCCAAGAAAAAAUUAUCUGGUGUGUUUAUCAAGUGGCUAACUUCCUUGUUCAUGUCACUCCAUCUAGGAUGUGCCCAAAUCUCAUUCUAAUUGCUCUCCCAAUACAUCUCCCCUGCUCUACUCUGCCAGCAGGCUCCGGGCCCAUCUCGUCCCUGGCUAUUGCUUCACAAAUCACUAGCGCUCUGAGAGCAACUGAUCAGGUAUCCAUCUGCUUCUCUUCCAGUAGUAGUACGCAGGGCUCGACAAAUAAUGCAGUCUACUUGCCCGUAACGAGUAGAUUGCAACCCGGAAGAGCCAGGUUCGAGCGAUUUGCGCAUGCACAGAAUGAUCUGCGCAUGUGCAGAUCGCUGGACAGCGUGGCUGGCGAGCGGGGCUUGCCGCAGUUCGGCGAACCCUGGUAUACUUGAAGGAUCCCAUAGCACUUCACAAAUGGCAAACACAGCACCCCUGGAAUGAGACCACUCUCAGAUGAAGGGUGGCAAUCAGACAAAAAUAUUCUAGUUAUUUCAAGCCUGAUGCUUAGGUCACUUAACUUAGAUCCUCCUAGAGCUGGUGGAUAAUCCUGUUAGAUCCUAUCUCCCAUUCUCCCAGGGCCAGUGCAGGAUUGUACCCUACUGUUUCUUGUCCAAUUCUGGUUUUAAUUGACUGAGCUAAUGGGGAUUCCCUCAGUCUCUUUGGGGAGACAUUUCUGCAGCCUAAUUAGAUUACUUAUCUAUUUCUUUAUAUAAAGUGGGACACUGUCAACUUUUCGUAGACUCAGUGUUUAAGCUUUGUGGGGGAGGGAAAGUGAGGUGGGACUUAAAAAAAAACCCAACCCCUAACUUGCUAUAAAUACAAAUGUUUUCAUAAAUGUCUCUUAAAUGUCAAUUAAAAACAGGUUUUUAAAAAAGUAAUUGUCCCCUGCAGUGCAGUGGAACUUAAUAAGGUCAUGCACAACCUCCAGCUUUGUUGCACUUUCCUAGGCCAAGUGCAAAAAAGUAAAUACAUGGCAUCAGUGGUGAAAAAUGAAUGAAUUACAUGUUAAAUAUUUGUUUAUUUUGAGUAGUGGGUGUUGGUGGUUUAUGUAGUGUUUGUUGUUAACACUGAGAGAAAAAUUCAUAUAUUAUCUUAUCUGCACAAGAACUUUGUCCUGCUUACGUUCUUAAUGCAAAGUAAAUAGGCGUUUACUAUCACAGAUUGCUAGGUAUAUAUAUUUUUCUUUUUUAUGUUUUUUAAAAAACCUUUUUACUUACAAUGGGAUUUAACUUGUUUUGGCACACGGCAUCUGUUUUAUUCGUUUUUUUUCCCUGUCUGUUUUUAUAUACUCAUGUUUACAUUUGAAUGGAAAAAUAAACUGAAUUUAUUUUAA